GUACAUAAUAUGUACAAUGGAAGUUCAGUAUUUAUCAACAAACCUACGACCUUCCAAUUUAUGCAUUUAAUAUCCUGAUAGUGAUAAGAUGGGGCAGAAUUUGUUUACAGAUCAAUUAAUCAUACACCUCCCAGAAAAAGGGGGAAUCACUACAUGUAUGCAAAGUUCAGUCCAUACAUUUACAGGUGUAGUGUAGACCAGUGGUCCUCAAUACAGUUCAUAAGCAUACAAACAUGUACAUAUACAAUGCAUCAUACAUGUAUACACGUAAGUGUAACUCUUCAUGUACCAACUUAAGUAUGCUUCAUUAAUCAUAGUGUACUCAUAUUCUGUCUCAGGCCAGGGUCGUUCUUUAGACAAAAUCCGGGCAUGUACACUGACAAGGCCCCCUUCAAUUGUGAAUCAUUUUGCUCCUUAUUGUACAAACCAACUGCCCCAUGACGGAUAAUCUGGACAACAUCUAGCAUAGUGCUUAACCAAGGGGCCUUCGUGGUAGCAUGGGAUGCCCAUAUAGCAGAACCAUUCAAAAGAAAGAAACUCUACAGGAGAUACAUGUAGAUUGUGUUGGGUGAGUGUCCGGUGAGAUGCCAACAGCCAGUGAGUGGACAAAAGCGACAGAGGGUCACGGAACACCAAAGCUGCCUUCAGUAGUUCAUAUAUCUCCAUUGAGUCCAUUCGUCAGACUCAUCAUCUCAUUCGGCAAACUCGUCAUUUCCAUUCGAGCGGAUACUGAUCCAACACAGUUUGGAUGAGGACAGUGUGAUGUUGGAGGACCCUUUUCAACAAGCCCGCGGCGGCAACAGCGGCGGUAGGCUAGCCUGGGCCUACCCCGAAGACGAGGCAGGGAAUGGCGAAGAGGUCAAAGGUCAAGGAGGGGGUGGGGAGACGGAGGGGGAGGCAUCGUCUAGCGCCAGUACCUCCAAUUCUUACAGAGAUGAAUGGCUGCGGCUAUUUGAGCGGCCAGACUACAUCAAUGUCAUCAAACAGGAGGGACUGAAGGGCGGUCUCCGGAGCAGCCGCUUCCGUAGUGUCUGCUGGAGGGUUUACUUGGAAGUGCUUCCAGAGCAUCAGGACCAAUGGGUGGCCUCAGUCCAGAACGAUCGGGAGCGAUAUGCCGCCAUCAAACGGAAGUACGUUGUAGAUCCGCAGACAGGCUCCAAGAGUCGAGAUGCAGACCUCAGCUUAAACAACCCACUCUCACAAGAUGAAGAGAGCCCUUGGAACCGGUUCUUCCAAGACAAGGAAUGUCGGCAGGAGAUCAGUCAAGACGUCAGGCGCACCUUCCCCGAGAUUGAGUUCUUCCAGACGGACGAGAUGCACGACAUGAUGGUCAACAUUCUCUUCUGCUACUGCAAAGAGCAUGAGGACCUCGGCUACAAACAGGGAAUGCAUGAAGUCUUGGCUCCAUUGAUCUUUAUUCUGCAUUGUGACCAGCAAGCUUUCCUGCACGCCCAAGAAAUCAAAUCACAAAUCCUGGUUGGACCUAAUAAAAGGGAGGUGGUUCAAGAGAUAAUGGAUCCCAGUUUUCUGGAGCAUGAUUCCUAUGCCAUGUUCUACGGGCUGAUGGACACCAUGGAACCGUGGUACCGACACGGCACGCGGGAAGAGGGCGCCCUUUACCGCAAUGCCAGCUUCAAGUCCGCGGAGCCCUUCUCCAAGCCCCAGGAGUGUGCCCCGUCGUCCCCGCUCAUCAAGAAGCUCACCAAGAUUCAGGACGUGGUGCUCAAGAUGCACGACAACGAGCUGCACCUGCACCUGACGCGGCUGGACAUCCAACCUCAGAUAUUCGGAAUACGAUGGAUAAGGCUCCUGUUCGGCCGUGAAUUCACCUUGCAAGACCUGCUGGUUCUGUGGGAUACAAUAUUUGCAGACAGCAUCACGCUAGACCUCAUCGACUACAUCUUUGUUGCCAUGCUGAUUCUCGUCCGAGAGUUGUUGCUAUCAGGGGACUAUGCAGACUGCAUGACGCUACUGAUGCGAUUCCCAAUGGUUGGUGAUGUACGCUGUCUUGUCGAUAAGGCUCUACAUCUGAGAGAUCCCAAGAAAUUUCCCCGGCCGCCCAACUACCAGUUCCAAAUCCUGCAGCACAGCGAGGCCGGUGUCGUCAUCCAGUCUAACUCCCGGUCGCCACGGCGACCAAACGCAAAUGGCGCAUUCUUUUCAGGGCCCCAAAUAACCAGCAACUUUGGCGUAGCACCAAAAAAUAAGAAAACAGCUGCAAAGACAUCGGGAUUUGGCAGUCUGAAGCGAAUCACGAACAAAGGCAAACAAAAUGAAGACAGAGAUCCUUCCCAGAAUGCUUCACCCUCCCACCCGCUUGCGGCACCGGCUGACGUCGUAUCAGAGGUCAAAUCGCGACCCCUGAAGAAAACGACAAGCCCACAGCAAGAGACCAACAUGCAGUCAUUCUCCUCGGAGGGCAUCGCCGUCAUGACAGGCAGCAGCAUGCAGACCCCAAAGAAAGAGAACCUCGGGGGACUGUUCUCCAAAUCCCGGUCGGCUGGGAAGAAGAACCAGCAGAAAGAGCAGGAGACAGAUAUGUUAAACCAAGUAGCCCUGAUGCAGGGAAAGAUGAACGACGUUCAGAACAUGUGUCGGUACUGUGCAACUAAAAUGGAGGCUCAUCUCAUGCAAAUCCAAGACGAGAUGGUCAAACUCAAACUAACUCAAGAAGAUGAACUUCUCCUUGCUGUCGCAGGUCUCAAACAAGUCAAAGACAUCCUCAACGGAACUCUGAAAUUUGCCCAAGGGAUGGAGGAGCAAGAAGACCUGAUCAUCAACGACGAUUACUACGGAAAAGUCGAGGAGAACCCCUCCCCACCCGUCAGCAAAAUGGACUUGUCCCCGGAAUCCGAGCUGGACAAUGAUGGGACCCAGCCAAAGGUCGUUGAACUGGAAGACAUGGACGUGACGUCUCCGGACAGCAACAGUGCAGAUUCGGACCAGCUAACGGAAUCGACCCCCAUGGUCGGUUUGAACACGAGCGAGUGCAAUAACAACUUUAACGUGACCAGCACGGCAACGGCGGACGACGCGAGUGACGAUUCCAGAGCAAAGCAUGAUGGGAAUUUGGUUGUAGCCAGCUCGUAACUCCGUCGGGAAGCUCACUGCUUGCCCAAGACUAACUGUAUCACUGGUAAGCAGUUGAGAGCUGUGCAUAAUUAUUCCUCACUGGUAAUUUGGAUGUGACAUGCACCACUUCUUAACCAACCAGUACAAAUCGAUGAGACCAGCAUACGACGCCCACGAACAGACUGACAUGGUUCAAGCGUCCAGCACAACUCUUGAAUGUACAACUGUGGGAAGUUGCCCAACUCCUUAGAUCUUUAGUCUAAAAAAGCCAUUUUCAGCAUUUCUGUACUCAACUAAUGGACCGAACCGAUUAAGCCCUGCCCCAUGGCAUUGUAACCAGUCACAGCCAUGAUAUAAUGUCUGACACGCAUGCACAAACAUCCGACAUGCUUGCACGUACAUAUGAUGUGUGCGGCCAGAACAUGCAGUAAGGCAUUUGUUGCCCAUUGCAGUGGGCGGGCCUUGGAUUUAUGUGUCCCUCUAUUUGCAUCUUCACUGAUAGUUUGUAAUUAUUACAUAGUUUCUUUUCUUAUAUCUUCCAAAUUAUUUGAAACAGAACACAACUACUUUGGCACUGAAAGGUAGAUGUGCUGGGCUAUUUUGAAGAAUACCUCUGUCUGGUGAACACUAUGACAAUCAUACAUGUAGCAGGUCCCACAUUCUAAUUCAUUUUUCCAAUCUGGGUCUACUUUUCGUUUAAUUUUAUAGAUUCUUUUGUUGUUUUUUGUGUGCAGGGGGGGGUGGUUACUUUUGGGAUAAAUGCAAAUAUCCUCUAUGCCUUUGUCUCAUUUAAAUGAAUGACAGUUCGGCUUAACCAAGAAUUGAAUGCUUAGUUGAACCGCGAGUUGAGCCUUUGUAUGUAAACAAGUAAGUGCAAUGAAGUAAUUCUAAGAUAAAAUCUAAGAUAAAAGCAUUCCGUACAGAAUUUGAUAGUUUAUGUGAAGUGACAUCCAGUUCAAUCAUGAUCUGAAAUGAUUUCAUAAUUUGUUGAGAUUUUAAUAUCUUAACACCAGGCCAUGUACAGGAGCAAGUUGUCUCAAUGUCAUGGUGUGUGCAUUCCUCUACAUAUUAAACGUUACAUGGCAAGCGGUAGAAAUUAUGCAAGAUUUCUUAUUUCUCUAAGGACUUAUUAGAAUGCAACCAUUUUCAUAAUUGCUUCGUGGAUGAAUUGUAUUCACUCUUUAAGCAACAGACCUAUUUCCAGGUUUUUUUAAACUUCCCCAAUCCUCCAAACUCCACCAUUGUGCAGGGAAAACAUCACAUUGUUUGUAUUGUACUUGAGCAUUGAAAGGCUAUCAAUUGUUAAGUUCUUCCUCGGUCCUACAAAAUCCUGCAAAUCUCCUGAUGAAUUCUGGAGUAUCUGGAAGGAUUGGGGGGGGGGGGUGGUAAAACGUUCAACAAUUCAUCUUGUAUGUAGUUCAGAGCACUAGCUUCAUGUAUCGGUCAUGUAUUGGUUCUUCAUUUAUAUGUUUAGCAGUACUUUACGUUUGUGUAUAUCUUUCCAACAUGGUGUAAUUAAAACACAGUAUUUUUAAUAUGAAUUCACAUUGCAAAACAAAUACCAUUUUAGGAAUAAGAACUCAUUUUUUUUUUAACCAACUUGAAGAAUUCUUGAGCCAAGUUGUUUUCUCGUAUUUGAAACAAUUUUGAAAAGAAAGUUUGCAAUUAAUGAGGUACGUCACGAAAAUCUCAUGUGAAAUAUAAGCAUUGUUCUUUCCUCUUUCCUUUUCUUCUGGUGGAGGUCUGUACUACAUCUUGCCUUAAGAACUAAUUUACUGAUGCUCUUAAUAAAAAACAUUCUAACAACCUUGGCCUCAGUGAAGAAUGGAAAUAAAGAAAUGUUGUCAAUCCAACCCUGGUUAAAAAAAUAAAUACAAACAUCAAAUAAAUUAAGAAGCAGAUGUGCAUUUAAUGUGUUAAGAUUGUAGGAUUAAAUGUUUAAAUUCCAAAGGAAAACAAAGGUUUUUUAAAGCCUUUAUUGACAAAAUGACAAAUAAUUCACUUUUUUCAGUAAUGUAAAGUUUCAAAAGGUUUAUCAAAAAAAGUGGUUUAUCAUUGUUUAAUGUAAAAACAAAAGUGUACAUAUAUUGUAAAUAUAAAUAAGAGCUGAUAUAUGAAGAGCACAUAGUUGUUAGAUGAUUGACCCUCAUGAGAAUUGGGAUGAGGAGUCUGAUAAUAAAGUGGAAUGAGGCAAAAAGUGAA